AUUAAUUCAAUCACACGCAAUUUGUACACUACACUUUUUGUAGAAUUAAAAUACAGUCGAAUGAAUAAUUUUUGUCGGAGAAAAACACAAAGAAAUAUAAUAAAAUAUUUGAUUCAAACUCAGUAAUUUUAUGCGUGUUUGGUGUUUUUUCUUUCAAUUUUAAAACAAAUCCGAUUCGAAAUGAAAUUGUGCGGUAUUUUCAGCAUAGCGAUAUUUUUGGUUGCGCAAAUUUCUGCUCAAUAUAUCUCUCCAACGCCAAUGGUCACCAAGAAGUAUUACCUGAUAACCUUGGCUCCGGUAAAUUGGUUCAAGGCAUUCAAUCAUUGUCGGUCCAUGGAUAUGAAUUUGGUCAGCAUUACAUCCAAAGAAGAGAACGACCGAAUCAUCAAACAAAUCCAAGACGAAAAUCACCAAGACAAAGAUUUUUGGACAUCAGGCAAUAAGUUAGGUUCGAAUGGUGUUUAUCAAUGGAUGAGCACGGGUAAAGUGGUAAAAUUCACUGACUGGGCCCAGGGUCAGCCAGAUAAUCAAUUUCGCGAAAAUCAACAUGAAAGUUGCAUCAACAUAUUCAACAUCGGGAGGGGCCCCGGUGCUGGCCUUAUGUGGAAUGAUCACCUUUGCAGCGCUGAGUUAUAUUUCAUUUGCGAACAAGAUUUCAUUCAAUAUGGUUACUGUGUGAAUCAAACUUGUUAAUUUUUGUGGGAAUAAAAUGGAGGAUUUAUUGGAUUAAAAACGGUCAAAACUGA